AUGCAAACCCGAUGGACUAGACAACCUAAAUAUUUCCGACAGACCCAACAAACCACAUUGGGGAAGUCUGUCAAAGGAAAUCUGGCAAUACAAAAGACUAUAGACGCUAAUGACUCUUUUGUUGAUACUAGUCGUCCAGCUUUUAUCCUUCGGUUACCAGACGAGGUCUUGAGACAAAUCCUCGAGCUAGCCAUAACUGAAACCGGUGCCUGGCAUAAGCAAUCGCCUUAUAGCAAGGCCUUGAUCCCAGCUGUGGCUUACACGUGCCGCCGCUUCAGUCGCAUCGUCAUUUCCUUCAACUACCAUACUUUGCGCAUGGAAUUUCCUCGACGGAUGAUCUACCCAGUCUGCUCCACCAGAAAAUUGGUUCAGUCUCUUCAGGCGAAUCCAUCCCUGGGCCGAUUCUGUCAGAACCUGUCACUUUCCAUAUCCGACGUCUGUCCCCGUCGAUGCAAAACCGACUCGGAAUGCCUUCAGGAGAUUCUCCCGGGUUUGAAAAAUGUCAAGUAUCUCACCAUUCAUGGGGGCUUUGAGCCUGGCUCUAAAAUUCAUACUUGGGAUAUCAUUCAGCGGUGUUCACAGUAUAUGCCACGGCUGGAGCAGGUUCUAUUAUCCAGAGAGGCCUUUACUGGUCCUGGUUAUGCGGAUAUAUUACAGAAUUUACAAAUACCAAUGCUUCAAGAACUACACAUCCACGGUAGUUCCGAGUCCAACAACGGCUCGUCGGUUGUUGAGGUAGCCAAGCCUGCCAAAGCUUCAGACCUCACAAAGCUCUAUUUGUCAGACUUCAAAGACACCUCAGCCACACUGAACAGCCUCAUCCACUGGCCAAAAUCCCUCUUCGAAUUUUCCAUCGAAAACAUUCACAGCGACCCAGACCAUGAAGAAACACACCCAAACUACCUGGAUCUACCCCUUCUUCGACAAAUGCUCAACACCCACAAAGACACUCUAACCAGCCUCUCCAUCGGUCCACUAUCUCUUUCGGGCAGAGGAAAACUAGCCACCUUAUCAGACUUCACCGCUCUCCACACCCUAUCUCUAUCAAGAUGGCAACUAGGAGGAGAAGGGGAACUAGACGUUUCUUCCGAUUUCGCAUCCGAUCUCCUAGGACCCAGUCUUGAGCUGUUUGUUUGGGAUUUCACCCGCUAUGACGGAAAUGUUCAGAGGUGGUCUGAUUUCGGAACGCGGGAAUCAUUGUGGAUCAUGAAUCUAGCUCAGAAAGCUGUGGAGCUACGCGUGCCGUUGAGGGAAAUUAGAAUUCACUUUUCGCCGGAACUGCCUACUUCCGAGGAUGAGGAUUAUCCUUGGGAUUCUGUUGAGGAUUUGAAUCUUCAGUUUCGGGACCAGGGGGUUGUGAUUACGUAUAAUGAGCCUGUUAUGUUGAAGGAGGAUUUUUUGAAUCGGUCCAAGCCGACCGAGUAA